AUGUAUCUCUAUCUAUCUAUCCAUCAUCAAUCAUCUUUUCCUACACAGCGCUUUGGUAGCUGCUGCUAGCUACUGCUGCUAUAGCAGCAGUCAGACUGGCCGUCGGCUUGCUUAGCUUAGCUUGUUAUUAAAGGAGCUAGCAUGGACAUGGAUAGCAGCAGCAGCUGGCUCCAUGGCUACGCCACCACCAACGGCUUCAUGUGCGGCGGCUACGCUGCUAGCCCUGCGGAGGUGCAGUGCGUGGAGGACGAGCAGCAGCAGUUCCUCAUCAGCUCGCAGAUUCAGCACCACCUCAACCAGAUCAGCAUGCGCAUGAACAUGGACGACGAAGCAGCGGCGGCAGUCGACAUGCACGAUCUCCUCGAGGACCUCGACGACCCGCGCCGCGCCGGCGCCGGCGCCUGCAGCUUCCCUUCGUCGUCCUCCUCCUCCUCGCUCUCGCUCUCGCUGCCCGCGUCCGCCUCCCUCUCCUGCAGCCCGGAGAGCUCCUCGCCGCCGCACAUCCUCGGCGCCGCCACGGCGCCGGCCAGCGGCGGCUGCAACCAGCAGUACCCGGAGGUCUCCUCGCACGUGCCACUAGUACCACCGCCGCCUACCGUGCUGGCAUCUUACAGCAACCUUCACGCGCCGGCGGCUGCUCCGGAGGAGACGUCGCCGGCGGCCAGACCCACCGGUGGCGCGUUCAAGCACUACGCGCGGCACCUCGGCCCCACGAGGACGACGCCUACUAAGCCCGGCACGUGUGGGCAGAGGAUGUUCAAGACGGCCAUGUCGGUGCUGUCCAAGAUGCACGUGGCGGCCAGGUACAGCCAGCAGCAGUACUACUAUGAGGCGGCGGCGGCCGAGGUGGCACCGCCGCCGUCGGUGAACCAGCUGCAGCACAUGUUUUCGGAGCGCAAGCGGCGGGAGAAGCUCAACGAUAGCUUCCACGCCCUCAAGGCCGUCCUCCCGCCUGGCGCCAAAAAGGACAAGACGUCGAUACUGAUCAGGGCAAGGGAGUACGUGAGGUCGCUGGAGGCCAGGGUGGCCGAGCUGGAGGAGAAGAACAAGUCGCUGGAGUCGAGGCUGGCCAAGGACGGCAGCGGCUGCGGCGACGACCACGACUCCGGCAGCACGACCAAGGUGCAGGUCGAGAUAAGCAGGGCGGCGGCGAACGAAGAGCUCUGCACGCUGAAGAUAGCGGUGAUCAGGUCGCCGUCGCCGUGCAACAUGACGGACGUGGUGGUCCGGACGCUGCAGUGCCUGAAAGAGCAGAUCGGCGAUGGCGUCAGCCUGGUGGCAAUGAGCACCAGCGGCGGCGGCGGCGGCGGCGCUGGGCCAACGACGACGACGACCGGAGGGAAGAAGGGCUCACCGGGAGAUGUUCUGACGCUGCAAAUCAAGUCGCCGGGAGGAACUGACUGGGAGGAGGAGCCGGUCAAGGACGCCGUGGCGAAGGUCGUCGCCGACGCGCUGACGACGACGCCGCGACCGCCACCCGCGGCGGCGGCGGCGGCCACCACCGUCUCCAGCUGCUUCGGCGAGGCUUCUCAACUCACCACCAGCAGCUAAUAAUAAUAACGAUGCGGCUGGCCGGCCAGCACACGCCGCCGCCGCCGCCGCUAACCGAGCAUCAGGAACGAAGACUGGACGACACGCCCGACCGUGGAACCUCUCCCUGGCACACCUACCAACAACCCACCAUUGCCGAAGCCGCGCGCGAGUGGGUGUGGGUCGUCAGACACGGACACCAUUAUUGUGUGGCAUGGCAGCAGCAGAACGAAGCAGGGAGAGCAUCGAUCAUCGAUCGUCGUGCAGGACUGGCUGACUGACUGACGGACGGAGAAAGAAGAGAAGCGUCAAACGUAGGACCGUUCUUGUUCCGCGGGACGUAUGGCAGAUGUCGACGGCCGGGUCGAUGGUGAUGCAGAUCGAUGGCGACGAAGAAUGAUUAUUAAUAAUCAAUCCUACUAGCUAGCUAGGCAGCGAGGAGUAACUAAUAACUUGUCUGAAUGCGUGAAUGCAUGGGGUCUUAUGUCAACAACCCUUUCAGUCGUUUCUUUAGCUAUUUUAUUAAUUUGUGGACUUGUCUGAGUAUUGUAUGUUAGAGCCUUAGAGGGGAGUGUGAUGAGUGCGACUGUAUGUGUAAUCUAUUAGUCUCGCCAUGCAUGUAUGUAGCUUAAUCGGUGGGCAGUCACUCCCUCCCUCCCUCUCCUUCUUCCUAGUCCAAGCAAGCAAUGGUGCAAGUCUUGUCAGUAUUGCAAACACGAAACGAGGAAUGCAUGCUGAUAUUCAGAAUUAUUGUAUAUGGCUGUUGCACGUAAUUGUAUGUUUUUCUCAGUUUCUGUAAAACAUGUAUGGAGAUUAGUUCGACGAUCGUCUGAAUCGAACUCUGUAUAUUUAUAUAUGCAGUCCAAAUAGGACUUCGUAUCGUCGUGUC